AGAAACAUCGUGUUAAAGAGGAAAUGAGUUUGUCAUGAAGGAAUGAACAGGAAGAUGUUUGACACACAGACGAGCAGCAGCAGGAUGGAGAUACUUGGCUUGAUUCUCUUCAUGUGGGCGUCUCUCUCAGAGCCCUUCAACAUCGACACUGAACAUCCACUGAGAUUUCACGGCACGCCGGAAGGUUUCUUUGGUUACAGCGUUUAUCAGACCGAGUUUGGAAACAGGAAGCAGAUCAUUGUUGGAGCUCCAUUAGAAGGAAACUCAACAGGGGAGAUGUACAGCUGCACAGCAGAUCUACAGUCCUGCACACGACUGCAGCGGCCAGGUGCGACAGGUUCAGAGAGCAUCCUCUUCUUCGGCAUGUCUGCUGCGGUGUCUUCUGAUGCUCUCACUAGCUGCAGUCCGUAUGUUCCUCAUGAGUGUGAUGGAAACUCGUAUCUGAACGGUGUUUGCUAUCAGUUCAACAGCAGCUUACAGACCGUCUCUAACUUCACCGCUGCUUACCAAGAAUGCACCAAGAGAGAAGUCAAUCUGGUGUUUCUCUUUGAUGGAUCCAGCAGCAUGAAAGCACACGAGUUUGAAAUGAACAAAAAAUUCAUUAAAGAUGUUAUGAAAAAACUUUCAAACUCAUCCAUAAAGUUUGCUGCUGUCCAGUUUUCAGGAGAUGUACGAACUGUGUUUGACUUCAACAAUUAUCAGACUGGCUCCGCUGAAGAGAAACUCAUGAAGGAAAUACACAUGAAAUCUCUCACAAACACAUAUAAAGCAAUCAACUUCGUUCUAAAGAAUCUGCUGAAUAGAGUGUCGUCUGGAGCCGAUCCCAACGCUCAGAAAGCUCUGGUGAUCAUCACAGAUGGAGACCCCAGUGAUAAUGAUGAUGAUAAUGUCCUCAAGAAAUGUGAUGAGCAGAAUAUCCUCCGUUACAUCAUCGGGGUUGGAAACAUUGAUUUAACUGGACUCACUCAGCUGGCAUCAGAACCAAAACAGAGCAACACCUUCUACAUUAAAGACUACAGUGGACUCGAAGGACUUCUUGACAACCUGCAAAAAAAGAUCUACAAUAUUACAGGGUCAAAGGAUGCUCAAGGCAGAGACAGACAGAAAGAGUUAUCACAGAGUGGAUUCAGUGUCGUCUACCAGCAGGACUCUGUGAUCGUGGGUUCGGUCGGAGUGAAUGACUGGUGUGGAGCUCUGUAUGAAGUGACAGGAUCAGGAUCUGAAUUCAGACAGACAGAGAUCAUUGAUCCGGCUGUAAAUAAAGACUCGUACAUGGGUUACUCUACUGUGCUGGGAAUGAGACGCGGCGUCUCUCUUCUGUUCUCUGGAGCACCACGGGCCGAACACAGGGGUCUGGUGACCCUCUUCACCAAGAAUGAAAGCACAUGGACAGUGAUGAGCAACAUCAACGGAGAACAAAUUGGCUCAUAUUUCGGAGCGUCUCUGAGUGUGUUGGAUGUGGACUCUGAUGGAGACUCAGAUUUCCUGCUGGUCGGAGCUCCAUUAUUUUACCAGUCUCAGCCGAGGGCUGAAGGGAGGCUGUACGUCUACACUUUAUCAGAACAGAGUUGUCAGAAGGCUCGGAGUGUGAGUGAAUCAACCACUGGCAGAUUUUCUGCAUCUGUGGCUUCACUAAAGGAUCUGAAUGGAGACAGUCUGUCUGAUGUGGCGGUCGGGGCACCGCUGGAGGAUGAAGGAGUGGUCUACAUCUAUCUGGGCCACAGGACACAUGGCAUAAACCCUGAACACGCUCCUCAGCGGAUCCCAGCGCGGUCAGUUCUGCCCGGUCUGCAGCAGUUUGGAGUGUCUCUGUGUGGUCAGAUGGACAUGAAUGAUGAUAAUCUGACAGAUAUCGUGAUCGGAGCACAAGGAGGGAUCGUUCUUCUCAAGGCUCGGCCUGUGAUGUCUGUAUCUACAGAGCUCAGUUUCAGUCCAAAGGAAAUCAGUCUGAACUACUUUGAAUGUCCAGAUGUAAACACAUUUAAUGCAUUUAAUCUCACGUCAUGUUUCACGGUGACCGAGAGAACCAGCAGCACAGGAUCUCUGGAGAAGAAGAUGAAUGUUUCUCUGAAUGUGGAUGUGGAUGUGGUACGAGGAAUGAGUCGAGGAUUCUUCGAUCAGAGCAAUGUGUCGUCCAGGACUCUGCAGCAGUUUAUCCUGCUGGAUUCUGGGUCCUCCUGUUUUAACUUCUCCAUCUUCAUGCUGCGCUGUGUUGCAGACACAGUAUCUCCUCUGAAGAUACGAAUGAAUUUCUCACAAACUGAGAUGUUGUCUGGAAACUCUGUGGCUGUUCUUGACGUUAACAGCAGGACGGAGGAGUAUGUGGAGGUUGCAGUGAAGGUGAAUUUUGUCGCUCCACUCGAUGAGAUCAUGUUGAUCAUCGGCGGUUCCAUGGGGGGCGGGAUCAUCGUGUUCAUUAUCAUAUUGGUAGUGCUAGUCAAGCUUGGGUUCUUUAAACGGAUGCGCCCUCAAGACUUCUUCCAAGCGGAUGAAAAUGUGACCUUGGUAAAGAAAACGUCGGCAGACAGAAAGAGAAUGGAGGGAUGUAAAAUGGAGUGAAAUAUAAUUUAUUUAUUGCUUAUAAUACUUAUCUUCAUCUGUAUUUUAUUUUGAUUUCAAAGAAGUAACCUUUAUAGUGCUAGAUGUGGCCGAUAUACCGGUACAGACAUGUAAUUUUAAUAAAACAGCAACAUUUUUGUGGCUUUAAUAACAAUGAUUCUGUAUUUAAUUCAUACAGUGAAUAAUGAACAGUGAAGCUCUGCCCUAGUUGUAUGAAAGUGACGUGACAUUCAGCCAAGUAUGGUGACCCAUACUCAGAGUUUGUGCUCUGCAUUUAACCCAUCCGAAGUGCACACACGGCAUUAUUUAUGCCUCAGUCGUGGUAUUCCCAGCCCGAGUCUCAAACACACAACCCUAGGUUAGGAGUCAAACUCUCUAAACACUAGGCCACAACUUCAUCAAUAACUUCACAACAUAAUUAAUGAGUAAACAAAUGAUGUCAUUGAAUGAGAUAUUACUGAUUUUGUUUAUUGUUGGACUUAUUUUUUAUGUCACUAUCACAAGACAUAUGUGAAAAAUUAUAAAAUGGUUUAUAUUUAACCAAGCUAAUUACAUAUCCUCACUAAACAUCUCAAGAUUACAAUGUCAAAAACACAUGGAUGAAGCACAACUAUUCAUCAGUCUUUAGUUUAUGUGCCUUUUUUAGAAACUGACUUUCUCCAAAGCAUAUUAAAGUGGCAAUUGUUCAAUAGAAUUCAUAUAGAUUGCAUAUUUCACUGUGCCAAUCUCAUAACAGUUUUCGAGCGCACUGGUGAACUCAUGCACAAUUAAAGAACUGCACUUCAGUCAUAGUGUGCUGAUAACUGUGCUGUCAGUUCGUUCCUUAGGUUAGAGUUAUAAUAGUGCAGAAGGAACAAUUAAAUAAUUAGGUAAUAGCCUGACUCUAGGAUUCCAGUAUCCAUGCUUUAAAUAUAGUUAUGGGGUGUUAUGCUUUCACUCAGUGGCUAUGUUUACAUGCACAACUUCUGUUUCAGUCGGACUGAAUUUAUUAAUGAAUCUGAAUAUAGCAUUUACACUUUAUUACUUUUAAACAGCAGAAUUUAUUUUUCUCCAUUUAUCUAUAAGCAUU